CCGAAAACUAUGCAGAUAUGUGAGUUUAUGUAGGCAACCUGCAAUCUGCUCUUUUAUGCAGCAUUUUCAUGAGUUUGAAAUGCCGCCUCGCUAAAAGAGGCAUUAUCUGACGUGUUGCCCCCACCCCUUACAUAAUAUGCUGUUUAUGCCAUAAAGUAUACCACAAUAUACCACACACUUAUUUUAAUAUGCUUAGAUGGCGACAGUUUUACUCAGAUGUAGUCCAGUGCACUAUUCAGACAGGUCAACUCCAUCGAGACAGCUGUCCAACCUGUCAAGUUCCGAGUCAGGCAGGACUCAGACGUGGAGCAGUGCAGACAUGCGGGUGGCAGUGAUCGGAGCUGGAGUCAUUGGCCUGUCAACAGCCCAGAGCAUCUAUGAGCAGUAUCACUCCAUUGUCAGUCCGCUGACCAUUGAGGUGUACGCGGACCGGUUCACUCCGCUGACCACUAGUGAUGGAGCUGCUGGCUUCUGGCAACCAUAUCUCUACGAUAAGGGCAACGUCCAGGAGACGAAAUGGAAUAAAGAAACGUUUGACUACUUGCAGAGCUGCCUCAGUUCACCAGAGUGCGUAAAAAUGGGUAUAUUCCUUCAGUCUGGCUACAAUCUCUGCACUGAACCAGCCCCAGAUCCUUCAUUUAAAGAUACUGUCCUGGGCUUCAGACAGCUCACAGAGCGAGAACUGCAGAUGUUCCCUGGAUACAAUUAUGGGUGGUUCAACACUGCUCUCAUGGUGGAGGGUAAAACAUACUUACCUUGGCUCAUGGAUUGGUUGCAAAGAAGGGGUGUGAAAUUUUAUCACAGGAAAAUAGAAUCCUUCAAGGAGCUUGCAGAAAGUGGGGCAGAUGUGAUAAUAAAUUGCACUGGGAUGAGAGCAGGAGAGCUCCAGCCAGAUCCUGAUCUCAAACCAGGCCGUGGUCAGAUAGUGAAGGUGGAUGCUCCAUGGCUCAAGCAUUGGAUUAUUACCCACAAUUUUUCAGCAGGAUUCUACAAUUCACCAUACAUCAUUCCAGGGAGUCGUCUUGUGACAGUCGGCGGGAUUUGCCAGAUAGGAAACUGGAGCGAACAGAACACCUCCAUUGACCAUAAGAAUAUCUGGGAGGAAGCUUGUCAGCUCGAGCCAAGCCUCAAGCAUGCCAGGAUAGUAGAGGACUGGUGUGGCCUGAGGCCAGUUCGCAGCAAAGUCAGACUGGAGAGGGAGACCAUAAAGUCUGGUGGAACUCCAGUAGAGGUGAUACACAACUAUGGCCAUGGAGGUUUUGGACUCACCAUUCACAGAGGCUGCGCACAGGAGGCAGCGCGGCUCUUCGGGCAGAUUGUGGAACAAAAAGGCAAAGGACCAAAAGCUCGUUUGUGAAUUUGAGUCCUGCCGUAGCGACCGGUGCUCCUUGGGAAAAUCUCAGUGUCAGUGCCUUGUAUCCCCUACUGCAUAAACUGUCUAUAGCUAACAUUUAAAGCAAGCAGAUAUUGAUCAGAAUCAUACUUAAAUCAGACUAAAUUAGAUUAAAAUAACAACAUGAACGCACUGCUGUUUUUGAAAGAUUAUUUACUAUAGUAUCAUACACAUUUACAUCCAGUGCGUUGACAAGAAUCUGUGCACACAGACACUUAAUGCAGCACUAUAUCUCAAACACUGGCAGGUAAGACUCAGCUUGCUGGACCUGCACUAGUUAAUCCCUCUUUUUAUGAACAAAACUUUGCUCAGUGUGUGUCGCUCAUAGAAUCAUACUGGUCAAAGUCUCAAAAGUCUCCACAUCACCUUUGUUACAAACAAAAGCAAAGACAACAACAAAACCAGGUAUUGAUAUACAUUAUUUACAGAAAAACAGCCAGUAAGAUCCUUCUAAAUGGUUGUGUGUGCAUGUGUAGGUCAGGAGAUGCAGCGAGGUUUAUUGAUUGUAACACCAAAUACUGAUGUUAAUUUCAUUUUUUAAAUCAUGUAAUCCUCACUAACUAGAUGGAGUCAGCUUUGGUUAAUGAAAGUACACCGAUUUAGACUUCAGUGUUA